CGGAAGAAAGUUGGAUGUGCUACGUGUCCAAGCGCUUUUCCUCUCCUCCGCUCACUGCUAUUUAACCCGUCCUCCGAUCUUCACUGCUUUUACUCUACACACUGAAACCCAACCACCAAGUAGUUGCCAUCAUGUCUGAGACCAAAAGGCUUAAACCGGCUCUCCAAAGGGCAACCAAUGUUGUUUACCAGGCACACCAUGUAAGUAGGAGCAAACGAGGCCAAGUCGUGGGAAGCAGAGGUGGAUUUCGAGGUUGCACUGUAUGGCUGACAGGGCUGUCUGGUGCAGGGAAGACGACUGUCGGUUUUGCUCUGGAGGAGUAUCUAGUUUCCCAUGGCAUUCCAUGUUAUUCACUUGACGGUGACAAUAUUCGGCAUGGUCUGAACAAAAAUCUGGGUUUCACCACAGCAGACAGAGAAGAAAACAUCCGCCGUAUUGCAGAGGUGGCCAAGCUGUUUGCUGAUGCUGGCUUGGUUUGCAUCACUAGUUUCAUCUCUCCUUUUGCAAAGGACCGAAAUGAAGCAAGAAAAGUCCACGAGGUUUCAAAUCUAAAGUUCUUUGAGGUGUUUGUGAAUGCACCACUGGAACUGUGCGAGAGCAGGGAUGUCAAAGGGCUUUAUAAAAAGGCCCGUGCUGGAGAGAUUAAAGGCUUCACAGGGAUUGAUUCUGAGUAUGAGAAGCCAGAUGCCCCAGAGCUUGUACUGAAAACAGGAGAGCUCACAGUGAAUGAGAGCAUUCAGCAAGUGGUAGAUCUCCUUAAAGACCAGGGAAUUGUGCCAAGUGGUCUGAAUGAGGAGGUCAAUGAGCUGUUUGUCCCUGAAAACAAGAUGGAUUUGGCACUGAGUGAUGCCAACACCCUUCCGACCAUAAACAUCACCAAGUUGGAUCUUCAGUGGGUUCAAGUGUUGGCUGAAGGAUGGGCUACUCCUCUGACAGGAUUUAUGAGGGAAAGGGAGUUUCUGCAGGUUCUCCACUUUGACAGUCUACUUGAUGAUGGCAUGAUCAACCUUUCUGUACCAAUUGUCCUACCAGUGUCCAAGGAAGACAAAGACAGGUUGGACGGUUGUUCUGCGUUUGCCUUGGUAUAUAAGGGCCGUAGAGUGGCCAUAAUGAGGAACCCUGAGUUUUAUGAGCACCGUAAGGAGGAACGUUGCGCAAGACAGUGGGGCACCACAUGCAUCCAGCACCCUUACAUCAAGAUGGUUAUGGAAAGUGGCGAAUUGUUGGCUGGUGGAGACUUGGAGGUGUUGGAGCGAAUCAAAUGGAACGAUGGUCUAGACCAAUACCGUCUUACACCGAAGGAGCUCAAACAAAAGUUUAAAGAAAUGGGAGCAGAUGCAAUCUUUGCCUUCCAGCUGCGCAACCCAGUGCACAACGGCCACGCACUCCUGAUGCAGGACACCAGGAGGAGGCUGCUGGAGCGUGGCUACAAGAAGCCUGUACUGCUGUUACACCCGCUGGGUGGCUGGACCAAAGAGGAUGACGUACCUUUGGACUGGCGCAUGAAGCAGCAUGCUGCUGUUCUUGAGGAUGGUGUCCUGGAUCCUGCCAACACCAUCAUCGCUAUCUUCCCCUCACCCAUGAUGUAUGCUGGUCCCACAGAGGUACAAUGGCACUGCAGGGCCAGAAUGAUCGCUGGAUCCAACUUUUACAUUGUGGGCCGUGACCCAGCAGGCAUGCCCCAUCCAGAGACUAAACAGGACUUGUAUGAUCCCACACAUGGUGGCAAAGUGCUGUCUAUGGCACCGGGCCUGACUUCUGUUGAAGUCAUUCCAUUCAGAGUUGCUGCUUACAAUAAAGUGAAGAAAGCGAUGGACUUCUAUGACAAAGACAGGCACAGUGACUUUGAGUUCAUCUCUGGAACCAAAAUGAGGAAACUGGCUCGCUGUGGAGAGAAUCCUCCAGAUGGUUUCAUGGCACCAAAGGCAUGGGAGGUCCUCACUGAGUAUUAUAGCUCCCUCCAAAAAGAUUAACAGUACAGUUCAAUGACAGCUCAAAAAAGGAAACAGCUAAAUGCUAUCUAUCCAGUUUUAUUAAUAAAUUAUAGGGCUUUAGUCCAAUAUUUAUAAAGCAACUCAAAUGAUUUUGUAUUUCUUCUGUACAAUAGUUUUUAAACAGAUUAUUUAAAAUAGAUGUUGUAUGAAGCAAAUUGUGAAGGGUUUGUGUCCCAAAAUUUCUGUGAGUGUUUUGUUAGGUCUUUCCAUCAUAUUGAAGUAAAGACACAAGCUUUUUAAAUGUAUCAUGUAAUUAUUACAUUUUAUUAUAUGUGCAAAUCAAUGUUUUGUCUAUUGUUGAUCAAAGUAUUACACUUGGUAUACACUGCAGCUUAAUGACAGCAGAUUUUACCUCAGAAAAACUCCUAAUAUCUCCAGUUUAUACAUCUACUUUCUCAUGGGCCUCAAACUAACAACCCAUAAUCAGCUUAGAAAACUAUGCAAAACAAACUCAAAGUGAUGUCUGAAUAAAAAAAGAUCGUAACAGCCUAAAAAUAUUUAUUACAGUUCACAAAAUUAAUGUAGUUUAAAUUAUGCCUUUUAUUCCUUAUUGUAUGAUUUCUUCUCUAAUCGUUUUUCAUCAUUGGUAAUACUACCAAUAAACCCGGUUGUACACAAAAGA